GAUUUGUGGCUCUCUUACUACAUUUUUCUUGUUUCAAAGCUGAAAAUAAUCUUUCCUUUCUUGUGUUUAUGGCCUCUGCCACCCCACAAACACACUCACCCUUCUUUACCAUCAUCACUGAAUCGCCUUUAACGUGUAAUGAGUUUCUUUUCACCUGACUGACAGGGAUUCCCGCACUAGUAAAGAUUUUAAAAUGCCCAGACAAAGGAUGUAGACAACAAAGAGUGGCAGCUCUGUACUGUUGUUUCUCUUUGCAUGGUUACCAGACUUCUUGUUGCUCCCUGUAGUAAGAAAACAGCUGUAAGGUAUUUAUUAAGAAGACAUCGCCGCAGUAGGCGGUAAUAUACGUGUUACCUUGGACUCUCCUCAGUUCCCCCUAUUCAUGUGUGGAAUCUCAUUGUUGGUGGGGACAUCCUUCAAGCUGGUGUUUUGAGGCCAGAGGGAGGCUCCCACUUCAUUAGAGCUGUGUUUUGAGGGUCGGAGUAAGAGAGAGGUACCUCGUCUUGUGGUGACAGCGAGCUGUUGUGAAUAGUCCCCCAGAAGAUUCACAGAUUUUCAGUAAAAGGGCCAAAAAGGCAGUGGAGUGGGUGAGCUAAGAGAAAACGGAGGGAAAGUCCUUGGAAGAUGGCACCUGAAAGUUUGAUUUUCGCCUGGUUACUGUUCACCAUGAGGACGGUCACAUCAGCAGUAAGUCUGCAGCCUGAGGAGGAGGAUGAACUCACACCUCACAUCACACCACCAGAGCUCAAUGAAACUGUCAUUUGCACCAACGAUCAUAUGGGGGUUGUUAUUCCCAGUGCCUUUUUCCUCAACAGAGUGCCUCCAGUUUAUGUUUGGGAUUUGCAUUUAAAUGAACCAGAAUGCCGCGGUGUUGAGGUCGGAGAUGACUAUGUUUUCAGCAUAAAGUCAAAUCUCUCAGACUGUGGAACUAUAAUGGCCUCAGAUGAUACACACAUCAUGUUCAUUAACACCAUACACAACAACGACUCAGAUGUUAUAACAAGAAACUAUAUUAACAUAACAUUUGUGUGUCGCUACCCCAUCAACUACAUGGUCAAACAACCCUAUGGUGAAAACAUGAUUAAAGUGGAUGUCAGAACCAUUACUCUGAACACAGAGGAUGGGAACUUUUCUGUGUCUAUGCUACUGUACAAAGAUAAUGCCUUCGAGGACAGAUGGACCACUGUGCCAUCACUAACACUGGAUGAUGACAUCUUUGUGAAAGUAUUCAUGAUGCCGGCUCACCUGAUGCUGCGCAUUGAGAGGUGUUGGGCUACGCCAACCAGUGAUCCAUACAACAAUAUACAGUACACAUUCAUCAGAGACAGCUGCCCGGUGUUGUCAAAUGAACAGACCCUAAGUGUGCUGAAGAAUGGCCUGGGUCCAGAGGCCUUGUUCAGAAUACAAAUGUUCAAGUUUGUGGGCAGCUCGUACACCAAUGUCUUCCUUCACUGCAAUGUCCAGAUCUGCCACAGUGCCCCAGGGCUGUGCCACCCUAACUGUUCCAGUGAAUAUGGAUUGACGAGGAUGCGAAGGGACAUCCCUCUAUCCCAUACAGUGUCUUAUGGACCCAUCAGACUACUAAAUAGUAGUGAAAAACCUAGUCUGAAUGCAGGCGGAGUACCCCCUGUGGAGACUUUUGUCCUUGGAGGGCUGCUGGCCAUCCUGCUGCUGAUCACAGGGGUGUUCGGGAGGCUGUGGCUUCAUUCCAGACAUUUCUACCCAACCCAACAGGCACAACUUACCCUGGCAAACAUUCAGCACAUCUCAGAGGUGGCCUCAUGAAUGUCAGGAUCAGGGGCUUUUCUAAGCAGGCUUAUGGACAAACUAACACGUACACACCACAAGGUGUGAUUUAUGAAUGAUUUAUGAAUAUAUGAAAGCCUCAUAUAUGUUUGUUCUUAUAAAAUGAAUUUGCUGAUUUGUAGGAAGACUAGAAAUGAAUAAAAGUCACCCUCAAAUAUUGUCCAUGUUUCUUCCCAAUUGUGUAAAAGUGCAUUUUACCAAGUACGUGGUUUAAAAAAAUACAUGUUAAGUUGAGUAGUUUCAUGUUAUGCUAUUUUAUACUGUAACGUUUCAGUUGUAACUAAAAUAGGAAUGUGGCUCAUGUAGGUUCUGGAUAAUA